UGCUAAGUAGACGAUGACAAACCUUGAUAUUAAGUGGUUAACGCUUGACAGAAGAUAAUCAAUUCAAAGUUGACGUUGGAAAGGCUGGAAUCCAUCUCAGAAAACCAAGGCUCAGGGAAAGAGAUUCACACAGUAACCUUUCAAAGUAAGCCAUGACGUUCUGUCCCGAGUUUCAAUUCGGUAUUGAUUUAGUGGAAGCCGCUAUUGCUCAACGCCAGUUCCUGCGGAUCGUUGAUGAUUAUCCAAGUUUAUACGCCGGUCCACACGUUCGAAAUGCAAUCAGAAGAUAUGAACUUUUCUGGCUGCCUUUGCUGGCUCAGUAUGCCACUCGUAUCAAGAAAUGGUUUAUUCCUUUGAACGUCGCAGCACCACUUGACAUCGCCUGGGUGUGGCAUGUGCACAUGCUGUCCCCUGUCGAUUACCAGAGGGACUGUAAUGAAAUUGUCGCCACUUUGGUGGAUCAUAAAAUACUAGUCGGUGAGCAACGUGAUAGAGGGCUUGUAAAGGCCAGGGCCCUAUGGGAAAAGGUGUAUCCCGAAGAACCUUUUGAAGUAGACCUGGCGGCCCCUGUUUGCGACGCGCCAGAUUUCCAAUCAAGAAUUGAAUAUGACAUCGAGGCUGCUUGUGCUCGACAGAGGGUUUUUAAUUAUCAAGUGUCCCUACCUCAUUUUGCGGACAAGAGAUUUUUGACCGAAGCAGUGAAGAGGUAUAAAUUGCAUCUUUAUCUGAAGCAAAAAAAUCCAGAAUUGUUUUUUGUACCGUGCUAUGACUUUGACCUUAUUUGGCACGCACAUCAGCUUAAUCCAUUAAUCUACACACAAGACACCACGGAAAUCCUAGGUAAAGUAUACGAUCACAAUGAUUCAGUGAACGACCGACGGCCAGGCUCACAACUAAGCAAGUCUGAAACAGUAACACGAGAGAAAUGGAAAAACCUGGGCCAGAUAUUUGCACUAAAUGGAGCCAUGUUUCGCGGAGAGCCUCCUCUUGGUACGCAGAAAGAAUCCAUUGAUUACAGCUUGCAUGGAGCAUUUGAGUACACCGUGGACUUGUCCAUGUUGGAAGUUGAAGGUCUCCCAAAAUCGAAAACCUACACUGUCAAAAUUGAAGAUGUCAAUGGCUCGCAAGUGCUAAAGGUGCAAGUUCGUGGACCUGCUGCAAGAGUUACAAAAUCUAAUGGUGUGUUAUCAAGGUUUGCAUACAAAAAGAAGAAUAGCGGAAAUUUGAGGGUUCGUAUUCAGCAACAUGGGACUUGCUCUUGCUUUUCACAUUUACUAGACGAGUCUGCAGAGUAUUACUUCUCAGCCGAAUAUCUGGCCUGGAGAGUCUCCUACAAAAGUAACGUGGUGCCUCAACCGGAAACGCACAAGUUAACCAUUGCUGGAAACCUGAUUGUUCGGUUUACCACUGUGGUGCAUCCACCUCAGCCAGAUGAAUACAUUUUCACAGUAAUGCCAAAUGGGGAUUUCAGCCCAGUCCAAGAUGCUGCUUCCAUUUUGAGCUCACCAGCACUGUUCCUUUCGCCUUGUUCUUUGAACCAAACCCUGGCUUCUAGUGAAAUAUCAAUGCAUCGGCUACUGGAUUAUUGGGGACGAGAAGCGUUUACCUGCCGAGUGAUACACUCCGCUGAGUUGCUGUUCUCCUCCGUAGAGGUCAUGAACCGCGUCGGUAAUGUUGUUAGCACCGCGCACCUUCUACGCGAAAAUAUCCUUCCGACGAAGGAGCAAGUCGGCAAGCCUGAUUUUUGUUGCACUUUGAAUGAGGCGGGAGGGGUAAGAGCCAUAUUGAUUAGAGGGUGCAUAGACUGGGGCAUCUGCAUCGGCAAAUGGAAAGGAGCUGUAAAGGGCGUCCCUGGUGUACCUGGAAUAAAAGGGUCUGAAGGUAGUCCAGGUGUUAAAGGAACGCCUGGUGUGAAGGGCCAACCGGGUGAUUUGUGCAUCGAGUUCUUCUCAUUGUCCGGAGCACAAGAGUGGAAAAGAGUGAAGAAACGGGGAGAAAACUUCAGGGUAAGUCUUAGCAAAAAAGAGAUAGUCAACGUAAACCUUCGGACUGGAGUGAUCUCUUUUCCAUCCGCGGUAAGUGCCGUACCAGAAAACAUUGCACUGGGAUUCUCUAUAGCUGUCCUUCAUCUUCUGUGUCAGCCUAACACUUCGACAAGAAUGACCGACCACACGAAGCCAUCAGUUAUGGCGUCAAGCCUGGAAGACAAACCUCGCAGAAUCCGUUGUGAAGACCUGGCGCUGGUAGUCGCAGCAGGGUUCUAUGCCACCACUGUACCGAGCAACGCAUAUAUUAAGCACAAACUUGGGGACGCCUGUGGUGGCGGUGGUGGAUGCGGAGGAUGUGGAGGAUGUGGAGGAUGUGGAGGAUGUGGAGGAUGUGGAGGAUGUGGUGGAUGUGGUGGCUGUGGCUGUGGCUGUGGCUGUGGCUGUGGCUGUGGCUGUGGCUGUGCCUGAGGUUGUGGUUGUGGCUGUGGUGGCUGACGGGAUUAUGGCUUGCUUACUAACUAAGGAUGAACUGAAAGGCUGAGGAACUGAGGAACUUACGUUUAAGUCCUCGAAAAUAGAGAGAUUUUUAUGACCUGCCCUCACUGACAUGAAACUGUGCUCUAAUUUGAAAGUAACAGAAAUAUCUUUAGAGAAGGGAACAUGCCCGCAUGAACCGAGUCUGGUGCAUCUUUGGGUUUGCGCAUAGUAUUGAGUAAUUUUCUUUAACCUCUGUGCCGUCAUUUCCAAAUAGGACUGUCACAAUUACUUACCGAGGAACUUCGCCGUAUUUCGGCGAGAUUUUGCGAGUGUUUCUAGGGUACUCUUAAGUUAGAUGUAUAAGUCAAAGAUUUAUUAGACUUAAUUAAUUGGAUACAACGUUAUUCUCUGGACAUUAGAAAAAAUAUGAUGUAGUAACAUAAAAUAUCCACUUGUAUCUCGAUUUAAUGGUAAA